AUGAGCUGGAGUUUCCUCACCCAGCUGCUGGAUGAGAUCUCCUACCACUCCACAUUUGUGGGGAAGACGUGGUUGACUGUGCUCAUUGUGUUCUGCAUCGUGCUCACUGCGGUGGGUGGGGAGUCCAUCUACGACGAUGAGCAGAGCAUGUUCACAUGCAACACGGGGCAGCCAGGUUGUGAGAAUGUGUGCUAUGAUGCCUUUGCGCCCCUUUCGCAUGUCAGGUUCUGGAUCUUUCAGGUGAUAAUGGUCACCACUCCUACGAUCAUGUACCUUGGAUUCACCAUGCACAGAAUUGCCCGCAUGAACGAUGACGAGCACCAUCCUCGGGGGAAGAAUUUAACCAUCAACAGGCGUACUAAUCGUGCAUGUGAAGAGAUGGAGGACAACGCUGAGGAAGAUCCUAUGAUUUUGGAGACCAGUGAGGUUGAUAAAGAGAAGAAUAAUCAGUGCUCCGCAAAGAAGCAUGAUGGCUGCCGUAGGAUCCAGAGGGACGGCCUAAUGAAGGUGUACGUAUUGCAGUUGGUGGCACGUGUGGCGUUUGAGGUGGGCUUCCUGUUUGGCCAGUAUAUCCUGUAUGGGUUUGAAGUGGUCCCCUCCUACAUGUGCACGCGCAGUCCAUGUCCCCACACUGUGGACUGCUUUGUCUCAAGGCCAACGGAGAAAACCAUCUUCCUGCUCAUCAUGUAUGCCGUCAGCGGGCUCUGCCUCCUCCUCACCCUACUGGAGAUGCUGCACCUGGGUAUAGGUGGAAUUCGAGACUCGUUCCGUACUCGCACUGCCCGCAGACGGGCAUCCUCCAGGCGACGAGCCUCACUCUGCCGCCCCAUGGCCUCAGCCCUUCCUGGCUACAGCCCAGCAGUGAAGAAGGGUCCAGCAGGGAAGAUGGCCAGCGACCUUAAGACAGAUUUCCAUGACAACCUUGUGGGCUCUGGCCAUAAUAAUUUUGGGAACGAGUCAUCUUCCCGUGAGCUCAAGCGCAUCUGUCACCACCUGAAGUUGGGCCAGCAGCACCUAGGCCUGGCCUAUCUGAAUGAAGAGAGCAGCCCAUCUCACAGCAGCGGCCCAGAGGCAAACCGUACUGCAGUGGAGCAGAACCGACUGAACUUUGCACAGGCAAAGCAAAAAGCAGCCUGUGAUAAAGGGUCGCGGGGAACC